AUGACUCCUAACGAAAUUCGCCCAACUUCAGGUUCCGGGGGUCGCGGCCUCGGCGAGAACACGCCGGUCCAUCCAGCGGCCGGUAAGGCAGGGGCCCCGGGUGCAGCCGGAGCUCCAGGACAGCCGGGUCAGCCCGGACAGCCGGGUCAGCCGGGACAGCCGGGCACUCGCGCACCGCCCACAGGUGAUCCGCAUGGAAGGAGGGACGUCGACGAAGCUAGCUCUUCGAGCCUGGAUCAGUCGGCGUACACGGGCCUUCCGGGUCUGCCAGGAGAGCCGGGUCUUCCGGCAAUUCCACCGGAAGCACAGGGCCCGAACGUCGAAGGGCGCAACUUUCCCGAUAGGAGGAGUGGCACGCCGGGAGAGCCCGGUCGUCCGGGAAAGGAUGGGAUUGACGGAAGGCCCGGAAAACCUGGAGGACCUGGAGAAUUAGGCGAGCCGGGUGAAAUGGGCACCCCUGGCGAACCGGGCGAACCUGGGCAUCCUUCUAAGGACGGAGGACCCUCGGGAGUGCCAGGAUCCCCGGGACGUCCGGGCAAACCCGGCCCUCCAGGUCUCCCCGGCCCUACGGUUGGAGUCGCCGCUGGCGAAGACGCGAACAAGCACCCCAUCGACGCUAAGAACACGAGCGGCCUUGCAAACGAGGCUGCUAAGGCGGUGCCGGACAACAACACGCUAGCUGCCAAUGUCGGAAAUUCUACAGUCACUACCGGGGCGGCACUGAACGAGGUCCACGCACAGAGCAGGCCUCCGGGCCGAUACCGCAGGCUGCGCCAGGCCAACAAGCGCCGCCACCACAAGCACGGCCACCCACGACUGCGCAGCCUCAACCACUGA